AUGCUUUUCAACGUCCUCGCCGUCGCCACCCUUCUCACAUCCGUGUCCGCAAGUCCUAUCCUAGCAAACCCCCCCAGCGGAUAUAAAUGGGAGGUGGUCGACUGGUCAGCCGGAUGCUCUAGGAGUGGUUGCGUAUACAGUUUGUAAUCCCAAAAUCAUGUCAUGUCCAACACGUGCCAAUAAUACCGUCAGGUUUCAACAUCACCGGCCAAGAGUUUGGUAGCGAUCCAGCCGUUCCAUCCUUCUCCGCACGAUGCGUGGGCUCAUCUGAUCGUUUCGGAGGCUCACUUUUGACUCCAUGUGGCGUCAAUGACGAAGGAAAAGGAAACAGGGGCGUUCUUUCGCAGUUGCUGCCUGUGGAUGAGGCCGGAACUGGCGCUCACCUCAACGUUGCCUACCGGGUGACUCGUUUGGAUAUUCCUGUGCCAGAGCAAGUAUUUCCAAUUGCUAUUCUCGAUGAAAAAAGGCUAAUAGAUGUCAGUGGUUCUUAUUACAGCUACACCGCCAACACGACCGCACCGUACAACCAAUUUAGUGGACCUACGGAGAGCUUCAAACUGUUCCCUGAACUAUUGCUACCUAUUGCAUAG